UCGAAUAAAAAGACUAAUCACAACAGUGGUUUUAUGUAAUCACCACAUACAAAACAAUCAAAACGAACAUUUAACUGUGAUAAUACGUUGAGAUUUACACAUUAUUUUCUUUCAUUAUUACACAAAAACAUAUAUUUUGGAACACUAGCACAAAGCCGCUGAACUCAAACCUCCUCUCAUUUUAAUUUUUUAAUUACUAUGAGUUAAAACAAUUGAUUAACUAUUUGAUAUGGAUCCUAUAUCAGAUUUGAACGAAGACUCGCCGCGUCUUAUAAAUCACUAUGACAACAACUAUGAAAGCUUUCCCCAAGCAAUCGGUCAAAAUUCAACAACAAAAACAGAAGACUUACAAUAUUUCAAUACAGAAACGAGAGAAAGAAACAACGACGAACUACAUUUAGGCAAAACUGUUUCAAUCCAGAAAACUGACUCUACGGAUGUUGCCGCAACUGAAAAGAGUCCAGAAAAACCUCACCGAUUCCGGGAUUUACUUUCAAAGCGGGCCAAGUCUGCGGCACCCUCAAGCGGAGCAGAAGGCUCCGACCACGAGGACGGAAAACGAGAGAAGAACGAGAAAAGUGGAAAAGGGUGGGGGAGUAAAAACAGAAUGGGGGAGCAUAGUGGGGAAACGAGCAGUAGAGCCCGCAGUGCUUUCGAUGCUGUACGCGCGGUGGACAAAAUGAAGCGAAAGGCGAAGCGGAGAAAAGAUGAAGAGGAGAUUGCAGCUGAGCGGGACAAUCGAGAGAAGUAUCUUCGCAAUGCCGAUAACCUGAAGAGGGCCCAUGCAGUGAUGCGGGAGACAUUCAUGGAUCUGCUGAGUGACAAGUUGGACAAAGACAGAGAGGAGAUCCAGGAGAGAAGUGAAAAGUGGGAGGAGAAAAUGAGGCUACAGGAAAUAGAAAUGCAGAAGGAGCGGAGGAGUCGGGUGCCGAAGAAGACGAGAGUGGACGUGAGUCACGACAAGGACUACCUGCACACAGUGCCCAAGUCUAGAAUAUACCAGGUUCUGCAAUUGCGUGAAGAGAGAAAGAAAGAGGGAAAAUUGAAAUAUCCGCUGGACGAGGACAAAUUCUGGGAGGACAUUCGCACUGGCAACAACCCCGUGGACGAAGAGAUGAAACGUCUCAAGUCCGCCAAAAAAGUGGAUACCCAGCGGGACGUGCUACAAGUUUGGCAUAGAGAGACGUAUGCCAAGAGUCCCGAAAAAGUCUUUCUCAGACUCAAAGAAAAAAUCCAGGACAAGAAAAUGCAACAAGAAACAAUUUCGAAGAAACGACAGCAAAAGCAUGUCAAUAGUGGCUAUGAAAGAGAGAGCGCAGCUUCAAAUGAAGACCCAUCAACGGCUAGUAACAUUUUCAUGAGACUGCUGGAUGGAAAAAGUGCAGUUCAACAGCAACAGCUAAACGAAGCUGAGCAGGAGGAGAUUUCCGAUCAGCUUCCCAAUCUGCUGAACAUGCCGCAGUUCACGAAGAGAGGCAAGUCAUCCAGAAGACGCUCAGUUGCCCCUCACCCUCCCCCUCCGGAGCCCGAUCCCAUUCUGGACGUGUUCAAGCGGCCUGAGUUGCCCAAGUUCAAGUCUUUGGAGAUUGGGACUGACACGGAGACCGUGUUGGAGAAGGAACACCAGGUGCACUUAGAGGAGCUGGAGAGAGAGCAGAGAGACAAAGACAGACUCAGACAGAAGAAACAGGUCCAGGUGAUGUAUCAGAAUGCGAUCACUCACAUGGCUUUCACCAACAGACUCAUGUCCAGGGGCUUCCACGACCUCGCUCUGGGGUCCACAGUGAGAGAUCUGGUGGAGCAGGAGAAGGUGGGGUCCCUGGACAUCAGGAUUCCGAAGAGUCCGGUGCCUCGAUUGGAACACCGCCAUCCAGCAGCUACUUUCACACAUAGUCAGAAUAAAUUGGUGCCCUUAGAAGCCAGACCUGAUGCGAAACCCUACAAGGACAAACAAUACGACAAGCCAUCGUCGACACAGGGCGUUGAUCGCAGACGAGUGAAGAAAAGUGUGAAGGGCGAAAGCGGUGAUAGUGGCAGGGGUAGCCGCAGUAGGGGUGCGAAGAGCGGUGAUUCAUCCAGAAGUCUGGAGCCCUUCAGGGGAGAAAAAGAGGCGGCUGCUUUGUCCCUCCAAGCCAUCAUACCAACAUCAGUAGUCAAGCAACCGAGAUGGCAUCGUAGCAUGUGGACAAACUACAACAACAUAGGCGUGAACAACCCGGACGAACAGACCCAGAAAUGGGAACAGCAUAUGUCCAAAUUAGGCAGGGAACUAGCAGACCACAAUUCCAUACUCCGACCCCACACUACCAUUUCUAUUGGCGAUGAGUCACUGGAAGACCCGGUUAUGAAAGAAAAACAGUUCCAGACUUCACCUGCUGCACUGGCUACGGGCUCAAACUGACUGUAUUUGAGAACAGAAACUUUUGAAAUGAUGUUUUGUUGUCUUGAAGAUACAUUGAAGAGAAAAGGCCAAUCAACUUUUACGAAAAAAAAAUUUAAAACAAAAAAAUUUAGCCGAUAUAAUUUGAUUCAAAAUCAUGAUGCUGGAAAACGAUCAACAAAAAGGUAGUAUUCAGGGGCGGAUCUAAGAUU